GUGCCGAUGUCCAUAUUACUUGUGCUGGGCUGGUGCUACGUCAUGUAUUUUGCACGUGGAUUCCAAAUGCUGGGACCGUUCACCAUCAUGAUCCAUAAAAUGAUUUUUGGAGACUUGGUACGGUUUUGCUGGCUGAUGGUUGUGGUCAUUUUUGGAUAUACAACUGCGUUUUACAUCAUCAUCCAGACAGAAGAUCACAACCACUUUGGAUCUUUCUAUACCUACGUUAUGUCUAUUUUAAGCACCUUUGAGUUUUUCCUCAACAUCAUCAACUCCCCCCCCAACUAUGCUGUGACCCUUCCUUACAUUUUCCACAUUGUAUAUUUUUCCUUCGCCAUCCUCACCAAC